UCACAUGUCAUUUUUGAAGAUUACUAUUUGUGUUUAUCUAUACAGAAGGGAUUUGUCUGCUCUCCCAUUUUUUUCAUUUUAUUCACAUUUUAUAACCUUUUUCUUUAAUCAAAUUUGUCCUUGCAUGUUCGCUUUCUUACACAAAAAAAAAAAUAAAUUUUUUUAAAAAUAAAUUUUCUUAAAGUUCGGCUGUCCUUUCUUUCCAAAUUUAAAUUAUUUUUACAUUACUGUCCAAUUAAAUCCAAAACUUCAGUUUCUUUUUCUCUUGGGGAUUUUCUAUAUUUUCUCUUUUAUUUAUUUCCUAAAAGCAUAUCUCCCUCCAAAACUGCCUUUUCCAACUUGGAUUACUUGGGGAGUAACCUUUUUUUCAAAUUUAUUGGCCACCCCUUUACAUUUACAUUAUAUAGCUGUCCACUAUUUCCUAUAUCACCCUAUUUUUUCGUAUUC